GCGCCACUGGCUCGGUCCCACUGCGCGUGCGCGCGCCCCUGACCCGGGGACCCCUUGCGCGCGCGGCCCUGACGCGGGGACCCCUGGCGCGCGCGCCGAGGACGCCUGGGUCUCCGCGCUCCCGGGCAGGGCAAGGGCGGCCGGGCUGAACCUGGCCUCGCGCCCUCCCUGCUCGCCGCCCCGGCUCCGCUGGCGGAACCCGAGCGCGCAGCAGGCGCGGGGCCGUGACGCACACCUGCCGGGCAGCCCGGGCCGCGGAAAGGGAUGCGCGGGGCCCCAGCCUGAGCCGGGUCUACAGCGCCCCGCGCGUCGCGACGUCCCCGGAGCAGCGGCCGGCUCGGCUGGGCGAGACGAAGCGCCCGGGCUUGGGGAGGAUGCUGGCGGUGGCCGUGUUCGUGGCCCUUCUGGGCUGCCUGCGGGCCCAGGAGCUGCGGGGACACGUCUCCAUAGUCCUGCUGGGAGCCACUGGGGACCUGGCCAAGAAGUACCUGUGGCAGGGACUGUUCCAGCUGUACCUGGAGGAGGUGGGGAAGGGCCACAAUUUCAGCUUCCACGGGACUGCUCUGACGGCCACCGAGCAGGGCCAGGAGGUCGUGGCCAAGGUCCUGGAGUCCCUUUCCUGCCCCAAGGAUGUGGCACCCGCUCGCUGUGCUGAACUCAAGGACCAGUUCCAGCGGCUGAGCCAGUACCGCCAGCUGAAGACCACGGAGGACUACGCGGCCCUGAGCAAGGACAUCGAGGCGCAGGUGCAGCGCGGGGGCCUCUGGGAGGCGGGCCGCAUUUUCUACUUCUCCGUGCCACCUUUCGCCUACACGGACAUCGCCCGCAGCAUCAACAGCAGCUGCCGCCCGGGCCCCGGCGCCUGGCUGCGCGUCGUCCUGGAGAAGCCCUUCGGCCACAACCACCUGUCAGCGCAGCAGCUGGCCACGGACCUUGGGAGCUUUUUCCACGAGGAGGAGAUGUACCGGGUGGACCACUACCUGGGCAAGCAGGCCGUGGCUCAGAUCCUGCCUUUCCGAGACCAGAACCGCAAGGCCCUGGACGGCCUGUGGAACCGGCACCACGUGGAGCGGGUGGAGAUCGUGAUGAAGGAGACGGUGGAUGCAGAAGGCCGCACCAGCUUCUACGAGGAGUACGGUGUCAUCCGCGACGUCCUGCAGAACCACCUGACGGAGAUCCUCACGCUGGUGGCCAUGGAGCUGCCCCCCGACGUCGGCAGCUCGGAGGACGUGCUGCGGCACAAACUGCAGGUCUUCCGGGCGCUGCAGGGCCUCCGGAAGGGCAGCGCCGUCCUGGGCCAGUACCAGGCCUACAGCGAGCAGGUGCGCAGGGAGCUGGACAAGCCGGCCGGCUUCCUCAGCCUGACGCCGACCUUCGCAGGCAUCCUCGUUCACCUGGACAACCUUCGCUGGGAGGGCGUCCCUUUCCUCCUGAUGUCGGGCAAAGCCUUGGACGAGAGAGUGGGCUACGUCCGGGUCUUGUUCAAGAACCGGGCGUGCUGCGCGCAGAGCGAGCAGCACUGGGUCGCGGAGCAGAGCGCGUGUCUGCCGCGCCAGAUCAUCUUCUACAUCGGGCACGGCGCGCUGGGCAGCCCCGCGGUGCUGGUGAGCCGGAACCUGUUCAGGCCCACGCUGCCCAGCAGCUGGGAGGAGUUGGGGGGCCCGCCCGGGCUCCACCUUUUCGGCCGCCCACUGUCUGAUUUCUAUGCCUACAGUCCUGUGCGGGAGCAGGACGCCUACUCCGUCCUCAUAUCCCGCAUCUUCCACGGCCGCAAGGACUCCUUCAUCACCACGGAGAACUUGCUGGCCUCCUGGGCCUUCUGGACGCCCCUGCUGGACAGCCUGGCCCACGAGGCCCCCCGCCUCUACCCUGGAGGGGCAGAGAACGGGCACCUGCUGGACUUUGAGUUCAGUGGCGGCCAGUUGUCCUUCUCGGUGCAGCAGCCGGAGCAGCUGGUGCCGGGGCCCGGCUCCGCUCCCGCGCCCAGCGACUUCCAGGUUCUCAGGUCCACGUACCGAGAUCGCCCGCUGGUCACUGCCUGGCCCGAGGAGCUGAUCGCAAAGCUGGCCGACGACGUCGAGGCGGCUGCCAUGAAGGCCGUGCGGCGCACUGGCCAGUUCCACCUGGCGCUCUCGGGCGGCUCCAGCCCCGUGGCCCUGUUCCAGCAGCUGGCCAUGGGCCACUACGCCUUCCCCUGGGCCCACACGCACCUGUGGCUGGUGGACGAGCGCUGCGUGCCGCUCUGGGACCCCGAGUCCAACUUCCAGGGCCUGCAGACGCACCUGCUGCGGCACGUCCGGCUCCCGCACUACAACGUCCACCCCAUGCCCGUGCACCUGCGCCAGCGGCUCUGCGCCGAGGAGGACCAGGGCGCCCAGGCCUACGCCGAGGAGAUCUCCGCCCUGGUCGCCAACAGCAGCUUCGACCUGGUGCUGCUGGGCAUGGGCGCCGACGGGCACACCGCCUCCCUCUUCCCGCAGUCGCCCACCGGCCUGGAGGGCGAGCAGCUGGUGGUGCUGACCGAGAGCCCCUCGGGGCCGCGCCGGCGCAUGAGCCUCAGCCUGCCCCUCAUCAACCGCGCCCGGAGGGUGGCGGUCCUGGUCAUGGGCCGGCUGAAGCGCGAGAUCACCCUGCUGGUGAGCCGCGUCGGCCACGAGCCCAAGAAGUGGCCCAUCUCGGGCGUCCGGCCCGUGUCGGGCCAGCUGGUGUGGUACAUGGACUACGAGGCGUUUCUGGGGUGAUGGGGCCUCGCCCCCUGCUCACUCCCAGGCUGUCUCUCCCCGUCCUCUCCCCUCCCCCGAGUCCUGCCACCUGCCCGGGCGCCUGGCUCUCUGGAAUCGGAUGCCUCAGGGUCAGCCCCGGGAGAGGCCCCAUCCCAACCCCUUUGACCGUCCCUGUCCAGGUGUGGUCAGACCCAGAAACAAGGAAGAAAUGGAGGCUCCUGAGAAGCUUCAAAUCCAGGUUAGGAGAGACUGGCGGUUCCACGUCCACAUCAGCCCGCCUCGCGGCCAGGCUGCAGCGUGGGAGCUCCCAGCUUCAGCAGGAGGCGUGCAGGGGGCCGAGGAGGGUCCUGGAGGGGGACCCUGCAACGGCUCCCGUGGAGAAGGGUGCGGGCAGCAGGGAGCGGGGAGCCCGGCACAGUGGGUGCAGGGCCGUGCCGGGCAGGUGCUGGGACUGCCCGGAGCCCGGCCGGUGCAGCCCUGCUUCCCGUUUCCUUCCGGAGUCUCUGCCGUCGGCUGCUGUCCUGGCCCCUGUGGGCUGCCUCCUGCUCCGUGUGUCCGGUCCUUCCUCCUCGUCCCGACUCGGGGGGCCUCCCAUCCCUCCUUGGUAUCCUGACUGUCCCCAGACCCUCCCAUUGUAGACAGAAAGAUGACAAGAACACUGCCACAAUACUGGGUGCUACAACGGUGCCAAACACCUCGUGACUCGUUAGGGGCCCUUCCUCAGUAAUGACCUUCUCUGCAUGGGGGGACCCCCCGCCCGCUGGGCAUAACCAUCAGGCCAUCCCGGGUUCCCUCCUUGCGAGGGCUCUUUCCAUCUCAGGGAACCAACAGUGUCCUCCCUGUUCUACCAGGAAAGACCUAGUCAAUCUCUCUGAUGGGGAGAGCUCGCUGCGGGGAGAGCUGUGACGACAAGCGAUGCACCAUCCAGGCGCUCUGAUCUGACCAGACAGGAGCCAGGCCUUUUGCUGGGGCGGCCGUGGCGCUGGGGCUGCAGCACCCGCCUCACAGCCCGCGACUCCCUGCCCGCCGGUCCCUCCUGCCGCUCACGGUGCCACUGCAGGUGGGAGGCUCGGGAACAGGGCGGCGGCUUCUCAGGAGUAGGGGGGUGCUCUGCUCUCGAGAAGCGGGGCUCGGGGGCCUGUUCUCCUGACACCCCCAGGGGUGUCUCUGAAAUGCUUUUUAAAACAGCAGCGACAGGGCACAGUCUGUAUUCCAGCUUUGCACCUAGUCGCGCCCCCAGCUGUGGCUGUCAGGGAAUAAGAUGCUUCGUGUGACUGAGCCCCGCCUCCUGGCCUCACUGUGCGGCGGACACGCCGCAGACAGGCACGUGUCCGCGUGGCGCGAGGGCUUUCCUUGGUGAGGAGGGGCGCCCCGAAAUCCGUUUCUCUACUUUUGGCUGUUCAGACUUCCCUCACGGCUACGGGUUUAAAGGAAUAUUGUUUCCGUGCGAUGGGAGCCUGGGAGGUGGCGCCUGAGCCAGGGGCACUCCCGUUAAAAUUCUGCUUCCGCUGGCAGGCGGGCGCUGACCUCGGCAGCACAGAACCAGUGCCGGGCGGGAGUCUCCUCCCUUUCUGGGUCAGCAUCUUAGCCUCUUUGCUCUAGAGAUGCUGGCGGUACAGGUGGUUGCAGGUCGGGUGCCCCGGUGUCCACGUGGGGGCGCUCGCGCACCAUCCCUGCCCGUGUUCCUUGCGGUCUGACUCGCAGGCAUUUCCCCUGUGUCCCAGGAACUCCCCCUGUGUCCUGCUCCCAGUUUUGUACUCUGCCUCCCCGGGCCCUUGGCCCCAGCAACUCCCCCAGCUGUUCCCCAGGGACUUCUUCCUCUGUGGUUGCAACACCAGAGCGGAAGGGACCUCCACAGCCCGCGUCUCCGUCUGGGAUAAAGGGUGAGCUGUCACCAUUUCUGAACAAGAGUGAGUCACGGCGGGCCUGAGCCGAGGAUGUCCUGUUCUUAGAGGGCUGCCUUGCCCCGAAUGCACCCUUUGUCUGGGGAGUUUGCACACGGGCUUGGGAUGGGGCAAAAAAUGCCAAAGGUUUCCUUCCCAGAAUCAGCUGCUGCCCUAAAAGUCCCCGGGAGACGCUGUCAGCAUUCACUUUCCCCCUCCCUCCCCCUUCCCCUCCUUGCCCUGUGCCAGGAAGGGGAGUCUCAGAACCAGGCCACCUCAGCUGGUGGUUUCCAAACGUUUGGGACUGUGACCCACAGCCAGGAACCUGUCACAUCAGGAGGCCUGGAAAUCUGUCUCCAGCCCAGCGUGGUCAGGACCUGUCUGAACAUGGUGCCCUCUCCUUUCUGUCUCAUUAAGAACAUGCUGCAGGAUCCAGCGUUACCCCGUCCCACAGGCCGAGGACCCUGGCUCCCACGGGGACACUGCCCCCAUGCGGGGCCUCGAACCCGGCUUCCCAGCCCUGCAGCCUCACACCUGGGCCCACCCAGCACAGCGGGGCUGCCCGGACCCAGAGUGAGGCUGCCUGAGCCCAGAGGGGGGGGCUCACCCAGCACAGCGGGGCUGCCCGGGCCCUUCACAAGGGGGAGAGCAGUGGGUGAUGAGGAAGCCCUCCCCAGCCUGGGAGCCAUGGUGACGGAGGGGUUAAGUCCCGGGGUAGAUUCUCAACAUCUUGCACAGCGUGGUCUCUGAUCCUUUCAACACCCUGUGAGGUGGAAGGAGCCUCGUUUACUGGGGGUUUUGAAACUGAAGUCUAAUGACAACAGGCCAGUUGCUCCUAAGCCGGGUCUUGGGGGUUCUAGACAUGCCCCCCCCCCCCCCGCCCGCGGGGCCACCUCCCUCCAGGGAGCCCUGGGUGCUGGAGCAGCGCAGUCAGCCUCAGCGGAGGGCCUGUCAGAUGGGCAUCUCUGGAGAAGCGUUGUUGCCCUGUGUGUCUGGAAAGGAUGAGGGACUUUCCAGGUUGCUGGGAGCUGGAAUCUGAUCGUGACCUGGGAGCCGUUUCCUGUGAACCGCAGGCGGGAGCCCUCCUUGUUAGUCUCCUGGAUGCCCCUGCCCCUGUCUGCCCCCGUUCCUCUGCAGUCAGCACUUCCUAGCAGCUCAUCACUCUGCCGGGGCUGGUGUUUCAGAUCAUUCCACAAUCACAGGCUGGGCUCCGGCCUGCUUUGCCCUGCUCCCCUCCCCUUCCCCCGGGCCUGCCCCCCAGGAUGGUGUGGUAGAAAGGAGAGACCUUCCAUCAGACCUUUCCUACACUUUAGUUCACAGAAACAAGUUUUCUCAAUGGAAAUGCCCACAGCCUCACGCCUGCAUCGGCCUUGCCCAGCGCGUCUUUAUCUUCAGCCAACGGGCCCCGCAGGCCCAGUCCACACGGAGAGAAGCCGCCUGGCGCAUGUCGGGGAACAGCCCCAGGAAAGGCCAGUGGUGACAGGGCAGGUCCCCAUGACAGGCCAGUGCGGUCAGCACCUGCCGUCCCGGGACAGACUCCAGACGGCCAGUCCCCACGGUCACUGCUGGAGUGAAGGAUGGGGCUGCAGUGUGCCCCCCCCACACACACCCCUGUGCUCUGCUGGGCCUCGAGGUGCCCCUGGCUUUGUUAGGUGGCAAUUCCAUGAGAAGGAGGGCACUCCUUCCACCCUCAGCGUCUGCAUUUGGAAGAACUGGGUGAGGGAAGAUGCCAGCAGGGCCUCUCUGGGGCCAAGGGCUGUCAGCACCUGUGCCUGGUUUACACCUGGGAAGGCCCGGCUGUCGGGUGCUCAGGGGCAGUUGCCAGCAAGACACCUGGAGGGAGUGUGGGCGCUGAAGCGGGUGUUGGGUCUGGAUCGCGUCCCUGUCCUCUGUCCCGGGCUGGGAAACGGUACGGGGCUGACGCAAGGAGCAGGGAGCCGGGGGAAACCCCUGGCGGUGGGGAGAUGCUGGGCAGAACACCCCCCCCCCCAUUCCCGCCAAAGCAGCAAGACUGGUGCCUUCUUGCCAAGAGAACUGCCCCUGUUUCUGUGGGAAUACUGGGCUCUUAAAGAUGCCUCAAACAGACACGUUCAGAGUUUUAAAAUGACUUUCUAUGUCAGAUGCAACAUUUAUUUUUUUAAGCAAUAAAAUUGUUUUGCCA